AAACACUAGUUGUCUACUGCUAUAAAGGUGGUGGCCGGUUUGUGCUUAUCCGAAUUUACUUCCUCAAGUUUAUUCGCUGUUCGGAUUACGAGCGAAGCGUCAUGUCUCUGGACGAGAGAUUCAACAAGGCCGCCGAAGACGUCAAGAACCUCAAGGAGCGCCCGUCCGACGAGGAGCUCCUCGAGCUGUACGCCCUCUACAAGCAGGGGAGCAUCGGCGACUGCAACAUCAGCCAGCCCGGCAUGUUCGACCCCAAGGGCCGUGCCAAGUGGACCUUCUGGAACAAGAAGAAAGGCACCAGCCAAGACGCUGCCAAGGAAGGUUACGUCCAGUACGCCUCCAAGCUCAUAGAGAAGUACAACAAGUGAACGCGGGGACCCAGCUCUUCCUCCUGUGCGCGCGUUCACCGUGAUCUGUGUCCUUCGUAUCAGCCCAAAGUCACCUCCGUUUGCCUUCUUUCACAUUUACGACGGCGCACCAUCGCGCCGCUGAACAAAUUUACUUUUCGUAACUGAGACACUUGUGAUACGAGCUCUUCCUUCCUUUAUUUUCAGUUUGUUUGUUUUUCACAUACCACUUUUUUCUUAUGGAAGCAAUAACGCUGUGAAUUCACCUAAAUUAAUCCGAUCUCCCGGGAUGUUGUCGCUAGGUACGGCAUCAGUGGAACACUUUUCUUUUGUACCGAUGAGGUGUUUUGUACAUACGGAGUAUUAUAAAUAAAAGUGGUCUUUUUUUUUUCUUCUUGACAUA